GUUGACAACCAACCAGCGCGACUUCAGCGUUGCAGUGUUACCGUUGACCCCGCACAACCAUGGCGCUGCUCUGCAGAUCCACAGCGUUACUUCUGAAGCAUAGUAAACUGCUGCCUUCUGCAUUAGCAGCAACAAGGCAAUACAGUUCAGGUGGCCAGUAUCAGUACAUAGUGGUUGACAAAAAGGGUGAAAAGAAGAAUGUUGGUUUCAUCCAAUUGAACCGUCCAAAGGCUCUGAAUGCUCUUUGUGAUGGCCUUAUGUUGGAGGUGGGCGAAGCCCUUGAUACCUUUGAGGCUGACAGCGAAGUGGGAGCAAUUGUCAUCACAGGAAGCGAAAAAGCCUUUGCAGCUGGAGCUGAUAUUAAAGAGAUGCAGAACAGGACCUUUCAAGAAUGCUAUGGUGGAAACUUCUUGGCACACUGGAAUAGGGUCUCAACAGUCAAAAAGCCUGUUAUUGCUGCUGUCAAUGGGUUUGCGCUUGGUGGAGGAUGUGAGUUUGCUAUGAUGUGUGACAUAAUAUACGCUGGGGAGAAAGCACAGUUUGGACAGCCAGAAAUCCUCCUUGGAACUAUUCCUGGUGCUGGUGGCACUCAGAGGCUUACAAGAGCAGUGGGAAAAUCCCUUGCGAUGGAGAUGGUUCUCACAGGAGACCGAAUCUCAGCUCAGGAGGCGAAACAGUCUGGUCUGGUAAGUAAAGUGUUUCCUGCGGAUCAGCUAGUUUCAGAAGCGAUCAAAUGUGGAGAGAAAAUAGCUGGAAAUUCCAAACUGGUCUCAGCCAUGGCAAAGGAAGCUGUUAAUGCAGCAUUUGAACUGACUUUAGCUGAGGGCAAUCGACUUGAGAAAAGAUUGUUCCAUGCAACCUUUGCGACGGAGGACAGAAAGGAGGGCAUGACUGCUUUUGUCGAGAAGAGAAAGGCAGCUUUUCAGGACAAGUAAAAUUCCAGCGGAAAAUAUGGUGAUUUUUAAACCAUGAUGAUUAGUUUGUGAUCAAAUGCUGAUAUUAAAUGACUCUACUUUGCCUUAAUUUUCUUAUAAAGUGUUUAUGAAAACAAUAUCAAGAUCUAUACCUUUGGAUUGACAGACUUAAAUGUAGUUCAGUGAGUUCACAAUAUUGUCCGGGUAUUGUUGAUGAUCUGAUAUUAUCACCUCUUUGCCGAAACACCAUAAAUAGAGGCAUUCACUACAGUAACGGUGUAAUUUAAAUACUCAAUCAUACUUUGUAAUAAUAUACACUUUAGCAGCCCAGAGAGAGAAAAUGGCAUUGCCAUAACCUUUCUAAACUGUUUGUAAUUACUGUACAACGCUGUUGAUGAUUUUGCAAAAUCCCUUUGAUUUAACAAGUUGAUUUGGCUAUUAUUUCAUUGGGAAAAGACCUUGCAAUUUCACUUUGUGUACUCUAGGUGGUGCUGUGGGUGUAUUUUCUGUCACUCGUUCAGCUUAUCCAUUGAGGUAAUAAACACGUUGUAGUAGCA